AUGAAGUCCAACCAAACGCUGGUGAAAGAGUUCAUCCUGCAGGGGUUCUUGGAGCACCCCGCAUUGCGCCUGCCUCUGUUUGGCUGCUUCUUGGUGCUCUACACCGUGGCUCUCACCGGCAAUGCUCUCAUCCUCACCAUCGUUGGCUGCAGUGCUGGCCUCCACAGCCCCAUGUACUUCUUCCUGUUUAACCUGGCCACCAUGGAUAUCAUCUGCACCUCUACAAUCCUUCCUAAGGUGUUGGCUGGUCUCAUCACGCAGGAAAACACCAUCUCCUAUGAGGGCUGCAUGACCCAGCUUUUCUUCCUCGUGUGGUCUGCGUCCUCUGAGUUGCUGCUGCUUUCAGUCAUGGCCUUUGACCGCUACGUGGCCAUCUGCCGCCCACUGCACUACACCACCAUCAUGAGUCCACAGUUGUGUGCAGCGCUGGCUGUGAGCGUUUGGGGUGUCUGUGCUCUUAACUCCUCUGUCCACACUGGUCUGAUGGCAAGAUUGACCUUCUGCGGCCCCUGUCUCAUCACACACUUCUUCUGCGAGAUCCCACCACUGCUGCUCCUCUCCUGCAGUCCCACGCGAGUCAACAGCAUCAUGACACUCGUAGCUGACGGUUUCUAUGGCUUCAUCAACUUCCUGCUAACGCUGACUUCAUAUGGCUACAUCGUGGCCAGUAUCCUGCGCAUCCGCUCUAAGGAAGGCAAGCGCCGAGCCUUCUCCACCUGCUCCUCCCACCUGAUUGUAGUCUCCGUGUACUACACGGCUGUGUUCUGUGCCUACAUCAGCCCUGCCUUCAGCUACAGCCCAGAAAGGAGCAAAGUGGCAGGGGUGCUGUACACGGUGCUGAGUCCCACCCUGAAUCCACUCAUCUACACGCUGCGGAACGUGGAGGUCCAGCGCGCUCUGGGUAAGCUCUUCCCCUUCUGCUGA